UCGGACUUACUUGAGCAGACCUGGACGGCCAUACGCAGUAUAUUACCAAGAUGCCUACCAGAGAUCCAGAGGGCCAUGGCCGAGGUUUUAGGCGCUCUUCUAAGGAGGCUAAAGGUCGCAUCACGGGAGAAGAUAACGGCACUUGUCGCCGCCGAUGUUACGGGGAUUGACGACGCAGCAGCGUGGCUAUUUGUGUGUGCGUGCAAGUCUGUGUCACAAACCCUGCACACUGCUACCCAGUCUAUCAUCAAGCCAUUAUUGGCGUUCCACUUGUCAUGCGAAAUCGCUGAGCCCACAUACACCCUACUUCGUCGCAUCCUGACAGCCCUGAUACAUCACGUCAAAAAUAGCGAAAAAUUCUCACCAAUCGGUGACCUACUCGUCUCUACCUUCACCGAUUUCAUGUCGGAGACAAACUCAAAUAACCUUGAAGGGCGCAGACGUGUCAUGGAAAUAUUGUCUGUGUCAUGCUCAGUGCGACAAGGAUCUCGACAUACAGAGAAACACCUAUCGCAGCUAUUGACAGUAGCGAAUUCAGUCCCAAUUACCGAGGAAGUCCGACUCUCCUUACUCAAGCUUUCCGCUGCUGUGCUAACAGCUGGGGAUAUGGCCCUGUCAAUGGGACUAGGGCGUCGAUUCUUGGAGCAUUCUUGGGACCAUCCCGUGUUCGCCAUGGAGCUACAUGGAACACUGGCCGAUCUUGGCUGGGGAGGAUGGAAGAUGAUUGCGCUGCCCACUCUGUUGAAGAAGACAUCCCUUCUUUUGGAGACAGAGCCCGGUCGCACGCUACACCUUCUAUCUCUUGUGCACAAGGAGAAAAAGCUCGGUGAAGUCGAUUUAGUGUGGAAACAACGCGUCGAACAGUGGGUGAAAAACAGACUCCAAAAUUGGGUUAUGUCUCGAGAAUCAGCUCUGGAACUGCAGUCAAUCCUCAUCCUUUCAGGAUACUUCUCCGCUGAAGUUACCCCGCUGAUCAUCAGCAUUGUUGACUCAUUAUGCAAUGCCGAUUCCGAGACAGCCACCCGAAACGAUAGCUUUCCGUCCCCGUCUUGGGUCCUUGGACUAUGCCUACCAUAUCUGUCAAAGCGGCCACAAGAGGAACUUAGAGAACGUCUUCAGCUGAAGGUAUGGACACAAAAAUGCGUAGCUAAGUGGUAUUGGUCGCCUAGCGUCAUCAGCGGGCUCGUUUCCCUUGCAAACCAGAGUGAUGGUGAUGCUGCCGAUUUUGAAGAAUUGUAUCUGUUUUUGCAGAAGUCGAUUCUCUCGCACGACUCACAACUACGCUUGAGCGCCUUGCGUCUUCUUGCGUCUCCUGCAAUCAAAGUUCCAGGUCCUGUCCUGGAGGUCGUGAAAUGCUGUCUUCAAAGUGAAGAAGUGUCGUUGGACGUUCAGGGUGUCCGAGAACGUGUUUUACGUAUGGGUAGAGUAGGACAAAUCGUGACGGACGGGACCAGAGGGCCAGACUUGUGUGUCCGAUGGCUAGUGGCUCAAUUGAAAGUCAAUCUUAGACCCCUUUGGUCGCCAGCCGCUGGGGCAAUAGCCUCUCUGACUCAGCAAUUUGGCGACGAUGUAUGGGCUAUUCUAUUCAGAGAGGUUCAGGAAGUGUCUCAGCCUGACUACUGGGAUAUUACGACGUCUUCAAAUGAUGAUGUACCCGAAGGAGGUGACGAUAUAUGGGAAGAGGAACGCUCGUGGAGAGAUCCUAGUGCUCAUAAGUUCAGAUUAUCAGUCUACCAAUGGUCGAGCAGCUCGCCGAUUCCUUCGAAAUCAUCACAAUCUUCGACUGUCCGUGGAAAUUUAGAUGUUCGUUCCUACGAGAUGCAGCUCGUGACAACAUUGGGGCAAUGCUCUUCGCUUGCUGAAAAGCACAACCAUGCUCUCAUCUCGUAUUUCUUUUCCAUCAUCGACACAGAUACCAGGUCCAAGACGCCACGACAGAAGCUCGCUCUCUGGCUAACUCUAUUCUCAAAGUUCACCAACCCCAAAGCCCUUUAUGCGACCGAUAAACUUCAAGACCUCUAUUUUUCCCUUCUGUCACAUCCCGAUCGUUCUCUCCAAUCUGUCGCGCUAUCGUGCAUUUUGACUUACAAAUCACGCUCACUUGCUCUGUACGAAGACAAGCUUCGACUUCUGUUGGAUAAUACGCGGUGGCGCGAUGAACUUACCUCGCUUAAUCUCGCUGAGAUUGAACCCCAUGACCGCCCCGAAAUUAUUGACGUGAUUGUGAGGUUACUCUUUGGAAUAAUGCUCGAGAAGAAGGGCCGUUCGCGGGGUUAUGACCGUCGGACAACAAUUUUGGGGGUACUAGAUGGUUGCACUGAAGAGGAGCUAGGGCUGCUGGUGGAUCUGAUGGUGAAGCCUUUCGCCGCUGACAGGCAUUCUCAUCAAGGGCAAGUGUUCAUUGUCCAGUCCAUGGGGCAGGUGUUGGAGAAACAGCAGAUGGGAUAUUUGACCCUUCUCGACGACCUGCUAAAAAAUCUUGGACCGCGAUUGACAUUAUAUUGGCCUUCGUUGUUGGGCACCGUAAUCAAUAUCGUGAGCGGCGCCCAGACGAAGUUGUCCUGUUCAGAUCAAGCAGUCGAUAAUUCUGACGAUGGAGCUGGUGAUCCGGACGAAGAAAUUCUGGAUGAUUUACCAGUGGCGAAGGCGACCCGGACUAUUCGACAGCUUGGAAUCAAACGCUUCUCGGAUUUCUUCCGAUGUCCGGUAUCUUUUAACUUUGAACCCUAUUUGCAGGCAUCAUUCAGCUCAUUCAUUUCCCCGCGGAUACCAUUACUUGACAAGGAAAACACCCAAUCUCCUUCCGCUCUUCUGGAGCUUUUCUUCGUAUGGUCAAAAUCUGUCGACCAUGCAGUGGCCCUUGUUCGCUACGACAUACAACUCUUACCGCAGAUAUAUAACUGCCUCAUCGCUACCAAUGUGAAACCAGCAGUUGUGUCAAGAGUCCUUGACAUCAUUGGAAGGCUCCUGUCUCUUUCUGCUGAAGAGCCGGCGAUUCUUGAGUCGAUCCUGAAACCCCAUCUUCCUCUUCUACUCACCAACAUGUCAAUAUUGAUUGAACGCAAGAAGGGCUCCGAAGAUCUGUUGGCGGAAAGACAAAUUACUGUUCUUUCUCAGCUUGCGCCCUACUCAACUAACGCCGAUGAGGCCAAAAUGCUACUCCGUCUUUUCACCCCCUCGCUUCGUAAAUCAUCCAAAAUGGUUCCUGAGAAAGUCAAGACUGACCUGCUCACUAUCGUCAGCCAUCUCAUACCAUUAGUCCCAGAGUUGAAAGACGACUCCUCUACAGAAUACAGCAAACUGUAUGAGGCUCUAUCCCAAAUGUUCCAAAGCCUCCGGUCGCGGAAUGCCCGACUCAGUCUUGUGACCGCAUUCCAGAGUCUUGCAGCAGGCAGCACAACCUUGCAAAGUCUCAUCAGGCUCUUAGAGUCGUUAAAUUCUUAUUCAAUAAAGCGUUUGGACGAACCUGAUUUUGACCGUCGUCUCAAGGCAUUCACCGAGCUGAACGGCAGCGUGUUUAUCACUUUGACAUCCGGUGAUUGGGCUCCUUUCAUCUACCAGUCCCUCUACAGCAUUCAGGAUCCCGACGAGCUUGCUAUACGCAAUAGCGCAGCCCAUUCUAUGCGGCGUUUUAUAGAUCGUGUAGCCACCGGUGCAUCAGAUUUUGUUGCGUCGUUUUCACGGAUCCUAUUCCCCGGGUUAAAGCACAGUCUCAGGUCUAAAAACGAAUUAGUCCGAGCUGAGGUUCUGGGUGUGCUGGCGUAUGCCGUCACGACAUGCGAAGAUAACGCUACUGUCCAGGAUAUGCGGAUACUAUUAGCAAAUGGUGACGAAGAAGCCAACUUCUUCAACAACAUCCAGCACGUCCAGAUCCAUCGAAGAUCUAGAGCACUUCGGCGCCUAGCCGAUCAGUGCGAUGAGCAUCCCCCUCGCAGCAGCACACUCUCGGGCAUUCUCAUUCCAUUAAUCGCACAUUAUCUUGUUCCUACCUCGCCUGCUAACCAUCACUUAGUCAAUGAUGCUAUCACAGCGGUUGGUCGACUAGCAAAGCACUUGGCAUGGGGUGCAUACUAUGCCCUCAUUCAGUCAUACAUGCGUUUGUCCAAAGCUAAAGAUGAGUCUGAGAAGAUCUACGUUCGCACUCUUGUUGCACUUCUCGACAACUUUCAUUUUUCCAUGGAUGAACAGGCAUCAUCAGAAGGCGCAGAGGAUAAUGAGGCUAAUGAAGACGAGCCCCCCGACAGUUCAAAACUCUCAAAAAAUAACUCUCGAAUCUCCGAUGCCGUUAAUAAUCGCCUCCUUCCCGAGCUUCUGAAAUUCAUUGAAUCUCGCGACUCCACUACCGAGGACACUACACGUAUACCGAUCUCCAUUGGCAUUGUAAAAGUAGCCCUGCACCUUCCUCCAUCUCUGGGUGAGCCUCAGAUAACCAGGCUUCUUACCGUGACCUGCCAGAUCCUUCGCAGCAAGUCUCAGGAGACGCGUGAUGCAACGCGUGACGCUCUGGCCCGCAUAUCAGUGACAUUGGGACCGAAAUACCUUCCCCUGAUAAUUCAAGAGCUGCGUGGGGCACUUUUGAGAGGGCCUCACUUGCACAUUCUUUCCUACACAACACAUGCGCUACUUGUUCAUAUCACAUCGCCAGAACAUGCUUCUGUCUUUCAUACACUAGAUGGUUGCGUGAGCGGCGUCGCCCAUAUCUCCGCUGAAGUCAUAUUCGGUGAAUCGGGAAAGGAUGUUCGCUCUGAGGAUUUCAAGACAAAGAUGCGAGAAGUGCGUGGGUCGUCGUCUAAAGGCAUGGACUCGUUUUCAAUAUUGGCAAAACACGUCACGCCGCCGUAUAUUAGCGGUCUCCUUUCGCCAUUGCGUUCCAUCAUGAGGGAAACAGAGUCGGUGAAAGUAAUGCAGCUGGUGGAUGAAGUAAUCAAACGCAUUACAACCAGCCUUAACGUGAACACGCACUUAACACCGACGGAACUUUUAAUGCCCAAUUCCUCAAAGAAGCUCCUUCGCGUAAAAAGUACAAAGCCAAAAGUCAAGGACGAUAUCGCUGUUCAACUGAAGCGGCAGGUUGCGGUCGAGAAUGACCACUACAGCAAUAAUUCCUAUCGUUUCGUCGUCUUUGGUCUUGAAUUGUUCAACACAGCGUUGCGACGGAACCGCUUUGAUUUUAGGGACACGGGUAUAAUAUCAAGGCUUGAGUCAAUGGUCGUGGCGAUUGGGAAUACUCUAUAUUCGACCAGUUCUCCCGUCUUGAUGUCAGGAGUCAGGUGUGUGGCUGGAUUGGUCAAAUGUCCCUUGAAAUCUAUGGACAAAUCGCUUCCGGUUUUCAUCAAGCAGAUGCUCGAUAUCGUCCGGUUAGCUGGAAACACGGAGUCGGAGCUUGUCCAAGUAGCUUUGAAGUCUUUGGCCACCAUCAUACGUGAUGGACCGGCAGUAGAUGUGAAGGAGAAAGACCUCGUGUUCUUGCUCGAAAUUCUUUCUCCAGAUCUCGAAGACCCUUCUCGACAAACAACGGUGUUUACUAUGCUUCGCGCUAUAGUAUCUCGGAAAUUCGUGGUGCCCGAGAUCUAUGAUCUGAUGGAGAAAGUAUCAGAGACAAUGGUGGCCAGUCAAUCUCCGCAGGUUCAAGAGCUUUGUAGAGGCGUGCUUCUUCAGUUUUUGUUGGACUAUCCACAGGGGAAGGGGAGAAUGCGCAACCAGAUGACGUUCCUUGCGAAGAAUCUUUCCUACGUUCACGAAAGCGGAAGGAAAUCUGUCAUGGAGCUCCUGGGUGCUGUGAUAGCGAAAUUUCAAUCGGCAUUGGUGUGGGAGUAUGCUGACCUGCUUUUCGUUGCACUUGUAAUGGUUAUCGCCAACGACGACUCUGCGAAGUGCACCGAAAUGGCGGCUCAGCUGGUCAAGUCGCUAUUGGGACGAUUGGAUGAUGAGCGACGUGACGUCAUUCUUUCACACCUGCAUUCAUGGGCUUCACAAGAAUCGCAACCUCGCCUUACACAGGUCGCUUCUCAAGUAUACGGCCUUUUUGUGGAUGCAUUGCAGACCGCGGCUUCCCCCCAUAUUCCUGCCAUUUUGCAAGAUACAAAUCUUUCUUUACGGAGGUCAGCACAUGUGCUUUUGCAUGCAGAGGUCGACAGCGAUGUGAUGGAAGUGGAUUUGGAUUGGCAGACACCGUAUCAUUCCUUAGUUGUUAUCUCCAAAGUCAUACGCGUCUUUCCCGACCUGACUUCACAACCCGAUACCGCUCCGUGGCAGGACAUAGUCACGCUUCUUCUCUUCCCUCACGCCUGGGUUAGGACAGCAUCCUGCCGUCUAUUAGGAUCCUUCUUUGCCACCAGCCCCAUCCAUGCUCCUGUAGAUUCCGAUACCUUGUCGGUAUUUUCAAAGUCUGGUAUGAUUGACAUAUCAAAGAAGCUGUGUCUCCAGCUGAAAAGCCAGCAUCUGGACGAACUAUUGAGCUUGCAGUUGGUGAAGAAUCUAUUUUAUAUCGGGAAGUGCUUCGCUCUCUCGUCGCCAGUUCAUGAGACCAAAGACGACGAGUCCACGGCUGAUUUGGAUGGAGUCGGAGAGUCAGAAGAUCCAGAAGAGACACCGAAACAAGACAACCCUCUACCAUGGUUGUUUUCGAAGCUUUCAUAUCAGGUCAGAUCUGCGCAUAUCACUCGCCGAAACAGACACAAUCAGCCCAAUUGGCACCAUCAACCUCUGUCCGUCCUCAGAUGGUUCGCCGCGAUGGCUUCCUUCUUGGAACCCAAAAGACUUGAGAUGUUUUUGGUGCAUAUCCUGUCACCUGUGUAUCGAAUCAUCGAAGACGAUACGAUUCGUGAUCAACAAAUGGGUACUUCCUUAUAUUCAUAUUUAUUCGACGCCAAGUUAACUUCGGUUUUAGACGAAUUGAAAACACUAGCUACGGAAUUGCAGGACCUUGUUCAGUCCCGAGUAGGCCCUGGUGCAUUUUCGGCGAUAUACAACCAAAUACGGCAAGGUGUCUUGGGUGUUCGAAGAGAACGGAAAGCUGUGAGGGCCUUGCAAGUGGCCACUAAUCCUGAGAUGGCAUCCAAGCGGAAGCUUCAGAAGAAUAUCAUGAAGAAGGACAGUCGCAAGAGGAAGGGCGACAUGUUUUCUGAUAGGAAAGGCAAAGUAAAACGGCAUCGUUCAUAGCGAGUUGGAUAAGACGGUUCAUUAAAAACCUCAUGCGGAGGCAAGCUCAGACUAAUGAUUCAAGCUGAUACAAAGCCCGAACACUGUAAUGAGUAGAAAACAAAUCCGGGUGCAGUGAAAACUAAGAAAGCAGCUAGGAAGGUAUCUAAAAGAUGUAGGUGGAGUGCAAAACGGGCGAGGCUAGUUGACAAUCGGGGAUCAAAAAGAGGGAAGACGUUAUAUUUUUACCCGCGGCUGUCGGUGUCUGUGGAGAACAGUCCGCGUCCAAUGUACGACAGAGACCUUCGUAGUACGUGGUGGCGCUUACAUCCCUAAAAGCCCUAAGCAAACAUCGCGUG